AUGGCUAAUGUUGUUGAGGCUGUCAAGGCGGAGCUCAAGCGUGAGAAAAUCAAGCUUUGGGUGCAGCCAUACUUGCAGGAUGAGGCCCUUGACGAUCUAAGCCACCGAUAUGCCAGCAGGCUUGGUGCAGAGAUUGCGGCAGUGCGGGCUGCAUUGUUGGAGCUGAAGCAGCAAGCGCUGGCGGAGCUGGCUAGGCGCAAGGAAGGAGCUGCUGCCCAAACAAGCUCAAGCCAGACACCCGACGACGACAAGCUGACGUUGCUGGGCAAAGUGCCAGGCAAGCCGGGCAUUCAACAGCAGGACAUCAAGAUGGAGGUCAGCAGCGGACAAAGCGGCCUGUCGGUGAAGGCUUUGCUUCGCGAUUGCCUUGGAGCCUCAAAGGUCAAGGUCAUUGUUGAGGGCAAAGUGCUUCAGGACGAGCCAACUCUUGCAGCACAGGGCUGGAACGGAGACUCGCAAAGAGGAGGUCCGCUACGCGUCAUUCUUCUACCUGUGUUCCCCGAGAAGGCUGUGGACCAGAAGUCCCAAGAAGGACUAGAGAGGGCGGAAGCGGAUGUUACCCAGCUUCGCCAUGCUGCUGAGCGCCUUACCGCCACAGGCUUCGGAGACUUUGAGCUUUCUGACCAAAGAACUGGGCGCCUUGUGCAAAUUCCACCCAGUGCCCGGCAGCCACUCGUCACAGCCAUCGCGUUGCACGCACGUGGGCGAGAACUCUUGCGAGAGGAAGGGGGUGCGGCGAGGGCAUUGGAGUUUCUGGUGGAGGCCAGCUUUUGCUUUGAAGCCGCCAGGGAACAGGGAGCCGCAGAACUCCUCAAGAGCCUGUCAAACCUUGGCGAGCUUCAACUGGAUAUUUGCUGGUCAUAUGCCCUUCUCGGAGACUCCAAUUACUUGCCUGAUGCCGAGGCCCGCUUGGAAAUCGCAGAGGCCAUGAUUCGCCGACAGGUGGAUUCGAACUUUCUCACACUGGCGGAGGUCCGAGCCGAACAGGGGCGGACACUACCUCCUGAUGUCUUGCCAGCAGUCCGACUUUGGCUGCUGCGAGGCAUUGCCAAAGCUUGCCGAGGAUACGCAGGGGCAGCUGAGGAUUUGGAACGCGCUGCCUUGUUUCUUCAAGCCCUGCAAGUUGAUGAGUCGGUGGUUGACAUGCUGGUAAACCUAGGGGUGAGACAAGGCGUUACUCGGGUUCAAGCAGUGGCAGCACUGCGGCGAGCCGAGGGCAACGGAGACAACGCGGCGACGUGUUUGCUGGCUGCGGCAGAACACUACCGGGCGGCUCAUAAAGAGCGCCAGGCCCAGCACAAAUUCGGAUGCACAGAGAAUGGGUCCUUCGUGGAUCUUCGGGCCGUGCGGCAGUUGGUUGCGAUGGGAAUGGAUGAAAGCUCCUCAGUACAGGCUCUGAAGCAAGCCAACAAUGAUGUUUCUGCCGCAUUGGAGAGAAUGCGGAAAAGGGCCAGACUUGCGGUUGAUGAGCUGGCCUUGGCCACGCUGGUUUCCAUGGGCUAUGACACCAAAGCAGCAGAAGCAGCACUGCAAGCAGUUGGUGGGGCAGAUGUUGAUGCUGCUUGCCUGAAGCUUUCUCACCAGGAAGACCUACAAGAUUCGUCAUCGUGCCAGGCCGCCGAAGACACCAAAGACUGUGCAGACAACGGUGCUUCAGAAGAGGCCGCUGCAGAUGAUGAAGCCCGCGAGCUUGUUGAGCGUGAACUCGGUAGAUGCUUGAAGCGCGGGGAUAUCGAGGACGAAAUCGCAGGUGCUGAACUGGUGGAAGAGCAGCUCUUGGUUCAGCGCUACUUGUCUAUCCUGAAAGCGAUCUGA